CUCUUCUGUUCACCAAGCUCCUCACCAUGAACAGACAAGCCAGCAAGAAAUCCUUCAGCAGUGGAAGCCAGGGCUUCUCUGGCCGCUCGGCUGUGGUCUCCGGCAGCAGCAGGAUGAGCUGUGUGGCUCGCUCCAGGGCAUCUGGUGGUGGGUUCCGGGGUGCAGCAGGUGGCUUUGGCAGUCGCAGCCUCUACAACCUAGGUGGCAACAAGAGUAUCUCCCUCAGUGUGGCAGCUGGGGGCUCAAGGGCUAGUGGCUUCGGUGGAGGGCGUAGCAGUUGUGCCAGUGGCUUUGGAGGUGGUUAUGGAGGUGGCUUUGGGGGUGGGUAUGGAGGUGGCUUUGGGGGUGGCUUUGGUGGUGGCAGAGGAAUGGGAGGGGGGCUUGGGGGAGCUGGUGGCUUUGGGGGAGCUGGUGGCUUUGGGGGAGCUGGUGGCUUUGGUGGUCUUGGUGGCUUUGGUGGGCCUGGUGGCUUUGGUGGGCCUGGUGGCUUUGGCCCUGGAGGCUUCCCUGGAGGAAUCCAGGAAGUAACUGUUAACCAGAGCCUCCUGCAGCCCCUCAAUGUGGAGAUUGACCCCCAGAUUGGGCAAGUGAAGGCCCAGGAGCGGGAGCAGAUCAAGACUCUCAACAACAAGUUUGCCUCCUUCAUUGACAAGGUACGGUUCCUGGAGCAACAGAACAAGGUCCUGGAGACCAAGUGGGAGCUGCUCCAGCAGCAGGGCACCAAUUCCAUCACAGGCACCAACAACCUUGAGCCUCUUUUUGAGAACCACAUCAACUACCUGAGGAACUACCUGGACAGCAUCCUUGGGGAGAGAGGCCGCCUGGACUCGGAGUUGAGGAACAUGCAGGACCUGGUGGAGGACUUCAAGAAGAAAUAUGAGGAUGAAAUCAAUAAACGUACAGCUGCUGAGAAUGAAUUUGUGACCCUGAAGAAGGAUGUGGAUGCUGCCUACAUGAACAAGGUGGAGCUUCAGGCCAAGGUGGAUGCCCUGAUGGAUGAGAUCAACUUCCUGAGGACCCUUUAUGAUGCAGAGCUGUCCCAGAUGCAGAGCCAUGUCAGCGACACUUCUGUGGUCCUGUCCAUGGACAACAACCGCAGCCUGGACCUGGACAGCAUCAUUGCUGAGGUCCGUGCCCAGUAUGAGGACAUCGCCCAGAGGAGCAAGGCUGAGGCUGAGGCUCUGUACCAGACCAAGUUGGGAGAGCUGCAGAGCACAGCUGGCAGGCACGGAGAUGAUCUGAGGAGCACCAAGAGCGAGAUCAUGGAGCUUAACAGAAUGAUCCAGAGACUGCGGGCAGAGAUUGAGAACGCCAAGAAGCAGAAUGCCAAUCUGCAGACAUCCAUCGCAGAAGCUGAGCAACGUGGGGAGAUGGCCCUCAAGGAUGCCAAUGCCAAGCUCCAAGACCUGCAGGCUGCAUUACAGCAGGCCAAGGAUGACCUGGCCCGGCUGCUACGUGACUACCAGGAGCUGAUGAACGUCAAGCUGGCCCUGGACGUGGAGAUCGCCACCUACCGCAAGCUGCUGGAGGGCGAGGAGUGCAGGAUGUCUGGAGAGUACCCGAGUGCUGUCAGCAUCUCUGUGGUCAACAGCAGCAGCACAACAUCAGCCUCAGCAGGUGGUUACGGAGGCGGUUAUGGCGGUGGCCUUGGUGUAGGAGGUGGUGCAGGCGGUGGCUUCGGUCUGGGAGGCGGCAGUGGCCUCGGCGGUGGCAGUGGAUUUGGCGGUGGCAGCGGACUUGGCGGUGGCAGUGGACUUGGUGGCGGCAGUGGAUUCGGAGGUGGCAGCAGUUUCAGCGGUGGCAGUGGCUUUGGCUCCAGCUCCGGAGGUCGCAUUGGCGUCAGUGGCGUCAGUGGCGGAGGCUUCAGCUCAGGCAGUGCCCGCGGUGGCAGCGUCAAGUCCUCCCAAACCUCCCAAUCCUCCCAGCGCUAUGCCAGAUAGAGCGCUCAUCUUAUGGCAGCAAGCCUGGUGCCUCGCUCCCCACUUGUGUUUUUCUUCCCCUCCCAAUGUCAGUGACCCCCCAGCACCUUUCCCCUGCCACCAAGGAGCAGCUCCUUGGGGCUGGAAGGCGGGCACUCUCGCUCUUCCCUUUACAUCCCUGGCCAAGUCCAGUCACAAAGAUGUCAAGCUCUCCUCUCUGGCUCCUGCCUGUGCCUGUGAUUAUCCAGCUGUGGCCUCAGCUGCCACCUUCUGCUGCCCUUGGUGUUCCCUCUCUGGUUGGGAGGGUCACCAUGGUUCUGAUGUAUAUAACAUGCAGCACCCUCUGC